AUGAGUGACAACGAGGAUACCACAUUGCACAUGGAACUUAUUGAGUACGCAACAACUUCCUGUCGCUUGCUGUUUAUACAGGAUGCUGCAACACUCACCGAUUUCACGCCGGGCAAUGCAGACAACGAACUAUCCACGAUGGAGCUGAGUGAGAUUCUAUUGAGAGACAUUUUGCCAAGGGUGCAUAGCUACCAGUUAACAGAAGCUGUUAAGAAGCGUUUGAAAUUACUCGAUCUGCAUCCGGGAUUUCGUAAAACCCCUGAAGGCUAUCAAUAUGUAUCAAAGAGCAAUGAGACGCCAUUUACUUUAAAACUUGGACGCGAUUUCAAUUUGACAGACAACUUGCCUCGUUUGCUGUCUUCACAGCCGAAGCGGCCGAAGGAGUUUCAAUUAAAUGCGACUGACGACUCACACACAAUGCUCGUGGAGCAGCAUGUAGUGUCAUUUGUAAUGCCCAAAUUCCAAUUAAGUCAGGAUCUUGCUGCUCUGCUCUCGGCCUUCUUAUCAACCGAUAUGGAAUUGUCCUGCGCUCAAUUGCAUAGUUUGCCAGAGAUUCAGCGGCGUUUGCGACAGGCCAAGCAAUCCUUUGAGGAUACGGCUAAUGUGCUGCCACUUCGAAAAAAUCUCGACAUGAUCGUUGAUUAUGUGAUAAUUUUUGAGAAACUCAAAAAGAAACUUUGCAAUGUAUUGUCACACGCGUAA